GCUAGCUUGCUAGUGAGACGCCAACUGAACUUGCAGCAACAGAAGAAAGAAAAGGGGGAUUUAGGAAAACAUCUGGUUUUGUUUCCAGGAUGAAAUGCAGGCAGCUGCGAUGGAUCCCGCCGAGGAGCCGCCGUCCAUGCUGUGGGGAAUGGACCCCAUCUUCUCCGCCUUCGCUCGGCUGUUUGUCAGGGACAUCUUGCAGAUGACAGAGUCCAUACAGGUUCCAGGCAUUUAUUUCUACAACUUACAUCCCAUCUACAAAGUGGACGUUCUUGGGACAGUGGUUUACAAAAGGGAGAGAGACGACUUCUUCUGUUAUGGAGUGGAUGAUGGUACUGGAGUUAUAAACUGUCUGUGCUGGAAAAGUAAUUUAUUGAAAGAAGAAGAGGAUCCCAGUAAAUCUGGGAUGAAACACAGUGAUGCAGCUGAAGGCGAGUUCGAUCUGGUCGCAGAGCUUAGAAAACUCCGACAGAAACAACGCAAACGCUGCCACCUGGAGAUCGGAGAGCUGAUCCGGGUUCGAGGGCCUGUGAAGACGUCGAGGCAACAGAGAGAAAUCACGGCUUCCACCUACUAUAAGGUGGAAGACCCAAUGAUGGCGGCCCAGAUAGCCUGGAUGAUGGAGGUCCCUCAGCUCUACAGGCUGUUUUACGACAAGCGCUUCCAGCUCAACGCAGCAGGAGACUCUGAAGAAACUUCCCUUAGCAAAGCGACAAACAUCAUUAAAGACUUUCUGAAGCAGAAGUUGGUGGCAAAGUUCAGACCGUACGACGUCCAGGAUCUGCUGGAGCCUCUGAUCUCCAGCCGGCUAAAAACUCGGUCUGCAGAGCAGGAGGCUGUUGCUGGUCCGUCUGGCUACCAGCAGCUCACCCAGCUCCUAAAGGAGGUUCUGCAGGUCCUGCAGGACGAAGGCACCGUGUACCGCAAGGUCAAGUCCCAGGAUGAAGUGUAUCACGUGACCAUACAAGACAAAGAUCUGCUCAUAGCGGUGAAAGAUAUCAUCAGGGAGGAUUCAAAGAGAGAAAAGUCAGAGAGGGGCUGCCACGUCCUGCACAUCCUGUCGGCGGUCAGGCAGCGCUACAGCCUCAAUGUGAGCAAGGCGGCCCUGGAGCUCGUCCUGCAGACGCUGGAGUGUGACAGCGAAAUCGUCAGCACCAGGAGCCACUACAUCGCCUUCUGACAGCCGCGGCCUGGAACUCAAACUCAACGUGUCAUCAGCACUCCUCGGUUCAUCAUGACUGGUUUAGAUGGUUUAAAGAUAAAUAAAGGAUAAACAGAUGGCAGGAUCAGCUUGUUCUGAUGGCCUGAGCUGAAAAACUCUCCUGGGUUUCUGUUGAGCCCCAUUUCUUUGGAACUAUCAGCAGU